GGUUGUUCGAUAUCUGACUACGAAGUUGUUUGAAGAGAAAACCAAGACGGUUCAGUAAAUUCGACGUGUCGACGAUGCAUCGACAAAAUCUCGCGCUUUGGUGUUAUACGUUUUUAUUUGUCGCCUCUUCUUCCAAGCCUUGGGGAAAUUCCACGACAACGAGCGAUGAUGUAAAGUUGAUACGAUAUAAUCUACAUGAAAAUUCCAAGAAUGACGAGCAGUAUGAGUUUCGCGCUAACUCCACAAAUGACAACCAUGAAGAUAAUGAUUCGGUGCAGUAUGCGUUUCACGCACAGCGACCUGUGAAGAAUCACGAGGGCGGCAAUCAAAUGCUGAUGGAACUUGGCGCGAAUUCUACAAAAGCCGAUGAUGAGAAUAAUUCCACAUUAUACAAUGGAAAUUUGACGCAAGUUGAAGACACAAGCAACUUAACGUUUUACGAGUUUUCUGAAAAGUUUUAUCAAGAUGAGAAAAAUAUUGUUCCUUACCAGAUGUGCGAGAACAUUACAUGCAUUCCGCUUUGUUGUCCUCUCGGCAAACGUCUGAAAAUAACACAAAUUAAUGAUAUUAUAAAAGAAGAGUGCGUUGUUGGGCAAUCUAAUUAUCCCUUACCCGAUGUAUACGAGUAUGUGAUAAACGAUUCGAAGAGGAUACCAAUUGGUAAAAAGUUGGAUCAAAUUUUUCCUCUGACUAUUCAUGAUCCUUGCCAGUAUCAACGUUAUGUGCUUGAACCUGAAAUCAGACAAAUUGACGACUAUUUAUUUCUUAGUAAUGGCUCUUUAUAUCAACCAUAUAUCAACGAAUCUAUCAUUACAUCAUACUGCCUUGCUGUCUGGAACGAUGAUAAAAAAUUUGAUGUAACUGUUUGCUUCGACAGUGAGGCUGAAGACGUCCCGGAAGAAAAGAAAGGAAUACCUGUGGUGGGUCUGAUAGUGUCCUUGCCGUUUUUAUUGGCAACAUUCGUGGUGUACUCCAUAUUACCGGAACUUUGGAACAUGCAUGGCUACACGCUGCGCGGAUACGUCGGCUCGUUGUUCGUCGCGUAUACAUUUCUCGUAAUAAUUCAACUAAUCCAUCAGGCCAUAAUAUCGUAUUCCGCCUGCAUCACAUUUGCUUUCAUCAUCCACUUCUCGUUUUUGGCAAGCUUCUUCUGGCUAAAUGUGAUGUGCUUCGACAUUUGGUGGACAUUCGGGGGAUUCCGUUCGUUACAAGGAAGCGUAAAACAACGAGAGAGAAAAAAAUUCAUUAUAUAUUCGAUUUACGCAUGGGGAAGCGCUUCCCUUCUCAGUAUCAUUUGUGCCAUCAUGGAUUUCGUUCCCAGUGUGCCAAAGGAAUUGAUCCGACCAGAAAUUGGUGUCACAAAAUGCUGGUUCAAUACGGACGAGGCGAGGGCAUUAUAUUUUUAUGGACCGAUGGGUGUCACUGUUAUCUGCAACAUUUGCUUGUUUAUCUCUACAGCAUUAAAAAUUGUGCGUCACAAGAAGGACACAGCUCAUCAUUUGAGAGGCUCGGAAAGCAGACGCCACGAUGACAAUAAACAGUGGUUCAAUCUGUACCUGAAGUUAUUCAUCGUAAUGGGCAUAAACUGGUCCAUGGAAAUAGUAUCAUGGCUAUUCAAGAGUGCGCCGCCAUACAUCUGGUAUCUCACCGAUCUGACAAAUACCCUGCAAGGUCUCAUCAUCUUCAUUAUAUUCGUAUGGAAGAAGAAGAUCAAGCGGUUGCUGUUAAAGCGUUUCGGCUAUCAGGAUCGCGAUUUCUUCUCCAGAAAUUCAACACGCAGUGGCAAUCACAGUUCAGCUUCGCGUACUUGCACUACUACAUCAGGCAUAAUAUCUCUGCAGGAGAAGGUCAAUCCUUAUGUGCAAACAAAUUGCCGCGCGAAAAGUUCAUCCGAUGAGGUUGAUUCUUGAAUCUUGCAAUGCAAGAGAAAGAUUGCACUAUGUAAAAUAGAAAUCGAUGAUUAUAAUGACCAGUUAGGUGGUGCCGUAAUUUAAUUCUCCAUUCGAGAAUUAAUUUUACAUUGCUUGCAUUGAUCUCUCUUAUUAAGAACACCGAAAUUGGUGUUUUCCAUCUCUCUUUUUUUAUUUCUUUAAAAUGUACUUACAACUUUUUUUUAUCUCUUUUACAAUCCAAAGAUUAAAGAAAUUAAUUAACUUAGGUAAAAAGGUAUCAUCUAUAACAUAAUUACUCUAUGACAUAAUUAAUUAAUUAUUCUCGACAAAUCUGACGUCCUAUCAUUGUAAAAAUAAAGCAGAUUUGUUACAGCUACAUAACGUCAUACAAACCGAUAUCAAAAAUACAUUAUUUUCGUGCUAUUAAUGGCAUAAAUGAAUAACGUUAUUAAUUGAUCACUAUAACGUUAUCAAUAUAUCAUUGAUUAAUCAUUUAUCUAACGUCAAUAAGUAUGACGCUAUAAAUACGUCGUAGAAUGGAUAAAUGACGUCAAUGUGUAAUUUAAAAUGACUAACUAUUGACGUCAAAAUAAUUACAACCUGCUACCUGGGAAAUUACUUUGCAUCUAUUGUCAUCCUCAUUAAAAUGAUAAAAGCAUUAUUGUGUAUCAUAUACAUUGACUGCUGUAUGCCAUAAUGUUGUAUAAAUUUUAUUUUGAUAUAUAGGGUUUAUUAUUAUUACAUCAUUGAUAACAUUUUGAUAAAAAGGCUACGGAUAAUUUUACUAAUUUUAACUUCAACUCGUAAUACAUUACUCGCACAUAACUAUCUUUUACAUUCUCUCUUUUAAAUAUUUAUUUUUAUAUAUUGAUACUUGGUCUUCAUUUCCUCACGUAUAAGUGUUUAAUAUUAUUAAACGAAUUCAAGAAAAAAGAUAUAUAAUAAAAAUAUAUAUUUUUAAAUAAAUAUUUAUAUGGAGAUUAAGUGACAUUUAAGACGAUAUUUUAUAUUCGUGGAACGAAAGUAAAAGUAAAUACCGACCUGUGUCAAAUCAUCCAUACAUUAUUUUAUCAUAUGCAUGUGAUAGUAAUACAUAUGUACCUUGAAAAUCGUUGCACUGAGAUAGACUUUAAAUCGAGUAUCUCCAUAUUUAAUUUAAUUAUUCCAUUGAUUUAAUAUGAAAUAUAUUUGUCGAUAGAUUUCUGAAAUUGCAUUUCAUUUAUCGUAUUAGAUAAUACAAUAUAACUCUUCACCGCUUACGAUCACAGAAUAUUUCUGUAUAAGUGCCAUCAUAAUCAUUCGUUUAAUGUUUAAUAGUUGUGCAUCUGUAUUUAAUAUGCAUCUAUAAGACAAAAUAUAGAAAAUCAAAUGGACAGAAUUACGAUACAAGGAAAGUAAAAGCACAGUGUUCACUCAAAGUCUGCAAUCAUUAGGUAAUAAAAGCUUAAUCUGUAUUCUUUACUAUUACAUGUGUUUGUAAUCGUCUAUGUAUAUGAUAAUUAGACGAGAAAAGUAAAAAAUAAAGAACAUUACAACA